CCAAGUGGAGCAGUUUACAGAAAUCACUUCUACACCCUUCACUGGCCCCUGUGCUGAGGACCAUGUCUUCUGCUUCCUGGCUCAAGCUGUUGGUUAGCGCCAUAGUUCUGGUCCAGACACAGGCUACCCCUAUCUCCCCUGUCUUUGCCUGGAGGAGGUCGAGUUCUCACCGCGCGCCGCCCCCAGGCUCGCACUCGCUGCGGUAUUUCCACACCGCCGUGUCCCGGCCCGGCCUCGGGGAGCCCCGGUUCAUCUCCGUCGGCUACGUGGACGACACGCAGUUCGUGCACUACGACAGCGACGCGGAGACUCCGAGGAUGGAGCCGCGAGCGCCGUGGAUGGCUCAGGAGGGGCCGGAGUAUUGGGAUAAGGAGACACGGAAAGCCAGAAACACGGGGAAGAACUUCAAAUUGAAUCUCCAGACCCUGCUUAGCUACUACAAUCAGAGUGACGACGAACCUCACACUCUGCAGUGGAUGUAUGGCUGUGACAUGGGUCCCGAUGGGCGCCUGCUCCGCGGGUACUGUCAGGAGGCCUACGAUGGCCGGGAUUAUAUCUCCCUGAAUGAGGACCUGCGCUCCUGGACCGCAACUGACGCGGCCUCUCUGAUCUCUAAGCGCAAGUUAGAGGACGUGAAUGAGGCCGACCAGCAGAGAGCAUACCUGCAGGGCCCCUGCAUAGACUGGCUCCAUAGAUACCUGCAGCUGGGGAAGGCGACCCUGCUGCGCUCAGACCCCCCAAAGGCACAUGUGACCCAUCAUCCUGGACCUAAAGGUGAUGUCACCCUGAGGUGCUGGGCCAUGGGCUUCUAUCCUGCUGACAUCACCCUGAGCUGGCAGAGGGAUGAGGAGGAACAGACUCAGGACAUGGAGCUGGUGGAGACCAGACCUUCUGGGGAUGGAACCUUCCAGAAGUGGGCAUCUCUGGUGGUGCCUUCUGGGGAGGAGCACAAAUACACAUGCCAUGUUUACCAUGAGGGGCUGCCUGAGCCCCUCACACUGAGAUGGGAGCUUCCUCACUCCACAGUCCCCAUCAUGGCAGUCAUUGCUGUUCUGGUUCUCCUUGGAGCUGUGAUCAUUGGAGCUGUGGCCAAUAAAGCUGUGGGCAGUGGAGCUGUGGCGGCUGUUGUGAAGAAGAUGAGAAACACAGGUGGAAAAGGAGGGGACUAUGCUCAUGUUUUAGAUAGGGGCGGUUCCCAGAGUUCUGUCUUCUCUGGACGCCUGAAAAGUUCCUAGCUUCAGACUGCUGCCUCACGGGGACUUGUUCUGACUCAAGAAUCAACAAAUGUCUGAAGCUGUCUGCUUUCUCCUGUGGAAACAAUGUGAAGAAAUGGGGAGCCCACCUCACCCCUGCAUACCUGGAACCUGUCCCUGUACUGCCCUGUGCUCCCUUCCCAGCCAACUUCCUUGUCCAGCCAGGCAGGAGGUCACAUCCCCAUCCUGUCACCUCCAUGCUGCCCUGAGCUGCAGCCCCUGACUACCCCACUGAAAAUAAAAAUAUGAAU